AUGAAGCAUGCUAAUAUGAAACUGAAUGAGUAUGAGCAAAAGAGACUUAUGAGAAUUCAAGACAAUAAGUCUAUGAUGGAAUCCUUGGGUAUUAAACGAAUUGCCUCCUCUUUGACAAGUUUGGUUGAUAGUACAAAAGAGAAGAGGAGAAAAGGGAAGUGCAAAGAUCUUAUUGAUGAUGAUGAUGAUGAUAAGGAGUAUGUUCCCCCUGAUGAUUCUAUGGAAGAUCAACUUGAGAAAGAAGCUACACUUAUGGUUUCAAAAAAGACUAAGAAUCCUGAUAUUAGAAAAGAGCGUAAAAAAGCCUUUAGUAGUCAAGAACAACUGGAUGAAGAUCAAGAAAAUGUUGAUUUAGAUGAAGAUAUACCACAUCAGAACGCGGAUAAAUCUAUUGGCACUAAUGAAGAUAUUGAAAUGGAUGAAGGAAAUCAAGAUCUAAAUGUUGGUGAUAAUAUGGGAACAAAUUUUGACCAAGUUGGACCAAUUGGAAAUGAAAUUGACUUGGAUGAUGCAUCUCCUAAUCAAUUUGAUGAGGAAAAAUGCUCAUUUGAUGAUCUGGAGUUCAGGAAAGUAUUUGUCAUGAAAAGGCGUUUGUUUAGAGAUAGUAGGCACAAAUUGAAGAAAAAAUACUUUGAUGAUCCGAAGCUCAAAACAAAAGAGCAACGUUUGAAAAAUAAGCCUCCAGACAUGAACAAAGCAGAUUGGAAAUACUUAUUGAGCAUUGGAGAGAAGAGUCAAAAAGCAAGUAAGAGUAGGUCAUGUCAGAAAAUGCCUCACUACAAUGGUACUAAGAGUUAUGCUCGCUUGAAAGAAGAAAUUAUGAAGAAAAAUGGAGGGAAAUGUACGCGAUUGGAUGUGAUGGUUGAAUCCCGUACGAGAAAAUCACAAAAGCCCGUGAAUGAGGAUGAGAUGAAAAAAUUAAAAGAGCAAAGAGAAGAAGGACUAAUUGAAAAAACCGAUGAACAAAUUUUUCAAGAUGUACUUGGGAAAGAUACUCAUGGAUACUUACGUGCUUAUGGACCUGGUAAAAGUAUCACAAAACAUUUUCAAGUGAAGCCUUCACAAUUGGAUCUUGCCCAAGAGGUUGUUGAAGUUAAGAAAACAGCUGAGCAAGCAGUUCUGGAGGCUAAAAAAGAAGCACAAGAAGCUAGAAAAGAUGCUGAGUGUGCAAGGAAAGAAGCAGAAGCAGUUAGGAAUGAGGUUGAUGCAAAAAUUACAGCAAAUAAUGAGGUUUGGGAGAAAAGGCUAAAGAAAAUGAUGGAACUUUUUGGGCUAGAUUCUACUGUCGACAACAAUUCACAUAGUGCCAACUGA